AUGGACACCACAAUUAAACAGCUCCGCAACCUGAGCCGUGUGAGCCCAAGUCAGCUGGCGCAGGCCAGCCGCUGGCUACAGAAUAACGUCCACGUUUUGCUCCAGAUCAGCCCAUCCUCCCAGCGGGGAGGCAAUGGCUGCAAUGGAGCUGGCUCAGGUUGCGGAAUAAUGUCCAUAUUUCGCUCCAGUUCAUCCCGUCCUCUCGUUGGACAGGAGAGAGAAAUGGCUGCAGAGGAGCCAGUUCAGGGGCCGGUGACCUUCGAGGAGGUGGCUGUGUAUUUCACCAGGGAAGAGGGGGCUCUGCUGAACCCCACUCAGAGAGCCCUCUACAGAGAUGUCAUGCAGGAGAACUAUGAGAAUGUGACCUCGCUGGGGUUUCCAGUUUCCAAACCUCAUAUAAUCUCCCAGCUGGAACAAGGAGAAGAGCCAUGGGUCCCAGACCUCCAGGGUUCAGAGGAAAGAUGGAUCCUGAGAGCUCCCUGCACAACAGGUGAUGCAGUGAUAAGUGAGAAAGAGGAGCAGAAUUUUCAGAAGGAAAAUGUCGAGCAAGUGGAUAAACUCAGAGCAUUUUCGCAAAGAUCGAAAAGGAAUGUGUCCAGGAGUGAAGAGCAGGGAAACGCCUGUGAGAUUCAGCACAAACCAGAAAGAGAGCUGGGAAACCAGCCAGGAGAGAGAAUGGGUAAAUAUAUUUUCUGCUGGGGAACUCAGAAGAGCAUCAAGGAAACCACAGCACAACAGGAAAUCCUCAUGGGAAAGAAGAAAAGUACAUGCUGUGAGUGUGGUAAAAGCUUCUCUCGCAGCUCAACUCUUUCUGUUCAUCAGAGAAUCCACAGGGGGGAGAGACCCUAUGAAUGCCAUGAGUGUGAGAAAUGCUUCACUAACAGAUCAGCCCUUUCUCAGCAUCAGAGAAUCCACACAGGGAAGAGAACCUAUGAAUGCCGUGAGUGUGGGAAAAGCUUCACUCAAAGAUCAACCCUUUCUAGACAUGAGAUAAUCCACACAGGGGAAAGGCCUUAUGAAUGCCGUGAGUGUGGGAAAACUUUCACUUACAAAUCAAGUCUUGCUGAUCAUAAGAGAAUCCACACAGGCGAGAGGCCCUUUGAAUGCUGUAAGUGUGGGAAAACCUUCAUUCACAGAUCAGACCUUUCUAAACAUCAGAGAAUUCACACAGGGAAGAGGCCCUAUGAGUGCCAUGAGUGUGGGAAAAGCUUCACUGAAGGAUCAGCCCUUUCUCAACAUCAGAGAAUCCACAUAGGGGAGAGGCCCUUUGAAUGCCGUGACUGUAGGAAAAAAUUCACUCACAGAUCAGCCCUUUCUCAACAUCAGAGAAUCCACACAGGAGAGAGGCCCUAUGAAUGCCGUGAGUGUGGGAAAACCUUCCCUCACAGAUCAUCCCUUUCUGUUCAUCGGAGAAUCCACACAGGGAAGAGGCACUAUGAAUGCUGUGAGUGUGGGAAAAGCUACAUUGAAAGAUCAGCCCUUUCUAGACAUCAGAGAAUCCACACAGGGGACAGGCCCUUUGAAUGCAGUGAGUGUGGGAAAAGGUUCAUUACCAGCUCUCACCUUACUGGGCAUCGGAGAAUCCACACGGGAGAGAGGCCCUAUGUAUGCCGGGAGUGUGGGAAAAGCUACACUCGCAGCUCAAGCCUUACUAACCAUCAGAGAAUCCACACAGGGCAGAGGCCCUAUGAAUGCCGGGAGUGUGGGAAAAGCUUCCUUCACAGUUUUCACCUUUCUAGACAUCAGAGAAUCCACACAGGUAAGCGACCCAAUGGAAGCAGUGAGUGUGGGAAAACCUUGUCUUCCCACUGAGCCCAUGUGAGCCGUCAGAGAAUCUCUAGCCUGAUUCUUGCUUGCAUAUUUAUACCUGCCUCUGGAAAUUUCCACUACAUGCAUCUGAUUAAGGGGGGAUUCACCCACAAAAGCUUAUGCGCCAAUACGUCUGUUAGUCUGCAAGGUGCCACAGGACUCUUUGUCACUUUGUACAGAGCUGGACUAACACAGCUUUAGCCCUCUGAUACUUGGAAGGAGAUGGGGUGACUCAGAGAUUCCCUCCUUCCCCAUCACGGCAGAACUGUUACCUUUUGUCUGAGCCAGGCAGAGUUUAUCGUCAUCACAUUCUACCCCUCCACUUCUCAAAGUGUCAUGUAAUAAAGUGUUCUCAGUUGUCUGUGCUUGGAGAUGAUGCUUUGAUUUAUUUAAUCCUAUGCCAGAAUCGCUAUGACUGGAGAGAUUUGGAAAGAUUUAAAGUGUGACACGAGAGGUAUUUUUCCUCAGGAUGCAAACAUUCUCACAUAGGAGACGCCUUCCACCAACACGCAUGGCAGAAGAACCAGAGAGAUAUGAACUCUCAGAAGUGCUGGGACAAACCACAACUUGAGCCAAUGUUCAGUUGUUGGCAAUGGGGAUUAAAAGAAAACUAAUUUAUAUGACAAGAAUUUGUGAUUUUUGAAUAUGUUAUUGUUACCAAUGAAAAUGAAAUUAUAGGUGGUUAUUGGUUAAAGAGUAAGAGACUAAUUGAUAAUCUGAAUUAUUUUGGAAAACUGAAAGUUCUCUUUUUUUUUGUAUUUUUAGUUGUACAGGAAAUGAUGGCUAAUCUUCAAAAGUGACUUUGAUUUAAUUUACCCAGUGUAGUAUAGGGAGUUCUGGUAGAAAACCUCACUCCAGAGGUUGGGGUGGGAGAAUAGGUGUUAGAGUGUAUAAGAGAAUAUUGGGUCUGUAUGGAUUUUAUUUUUUUGUAUUUCAGAUAGAACAUAUUUUGCUUAGCUUCAAAGUCAAUUUCUAUUAAAAGGAAAACUACUCGAGGAGACAAGUUGUAUAAGAUUUUACCCACUUACACUGUAAGGGUCACUGACUUCCCCACUUCUCUAAUUUGCAAAGGAGAGGCCUGACAUUUGUCAUAGGAUGUAUCCAGCAGGUAGGAAAGCUGAAGUUGUCAACCAUCAAAUACCAAGGAAAAGGCUGAAGUCCAUUGCCUUUCAUAUCAAAAAGGCAUCUAAAGGGUGGUCUAUGCUCAAGACCUAUGUUGACAUGGCCACAUCUCUCAGGGGUGUGAAAAAUCCUGAGAGAAGUAGUUAAUGUUACCUAAGCCCCAGUGUAGACAACGUUAAGUUGUCAGAAGAAUAUUUCCAGUGUUUGAAGGGUAGACACAGCCUUAGACAGACUGAUCCCCUCUGGGAAGCGAGUCAUAACAUCAGUUCCAAUUUUGACCCAUCUCCCUAUAUGUGAGAGAGCUGCUAGUAAGGAGGGCUGAACCAGGUAUCAGAUCACCUGUUUCAACUGAGGGAAAAGCUCUUAGUGCCCAUCAGUCCAAAGACUGAGAGAAAUGUUGAAUUCCAACCAUUGUCAUUUUAGUAUUUUAUUGUUCCUCUCUCUAUUUUUUGUGUUGGCCUUUCUGUUCUAUCAGUGUGUGACUGUAUAGCUCAAUGCAUGUGUGAUAAAAGCUCUUUGGUGGCA